GGGAACGCGGUCGCGGCGGCAGGUUCCGGCCCGCCAUGGCGGCGCGGGGCUGCUGGGCCUGCGCCUGCUUCUACACCGACAACAUCUUUCUGCCCCGCUACGGCCUGCACGUGCGCUACCGCGACGGGCCGCAGCUGCGCCAGGACUACGGGCCGGCGUUGAGGAGCCGCGGCUGCAGGAGCAACGAAGAUUUUAAAGCGGUGCUGAGCGAGAUUGAGAAAGAAGUGCAGCGAAGGAAGCAAUUAGGUCAUGACUCCAUAGAAAGGAAAGCCAUCAUUUCACAGCAGUACAAAGCAAAGCAUCCAGAAGUGUAUGUCCUCCAGGCUUCUCCCCAUGAACACGAGGACUCGUUCCUGGCCCCUGAGUUCUUGGAAACGGUGAAGUAUUGCACGUCACAGGCCGCAGAUCUGCAAGGCCUCCUGUGCCUCCUUGAGACCUUCUCAGAUAAGAGGAUCUAUCGACUUCCCGUGUUCUCCAAGGACUUCUGCCGAGUCUUCAUUGAAGAGCUGGAGAACUUUGAGCAGUCCAACAUGCCCAAAGGCAGGCCAAACACGAUGAAUAACUAUGGGGUCUUAUUAAAUGAGCUGGGCCUGGAUGAAGCUUUCAUUACACCUCUGCGUGAGAAAUACCUGCAGCCUAUCACAGCGCUGCUGUACCCAGACCUGGGAGGAGAUUCCCUGGACAGCCACAAAGCCUUUGUUGUCAAGUAUGCAGUACACCAAGAUCUGGACUUGAGCUGCCACUAUGACAAUGCCGAAGUCACUUUAAAUGUGUCCCUGGGAAAGGAAUUCACUGAGGGCAACUUGUAUUUUGGAGAUUUCCAGCAGGCUCCAAGCCCAGUGCCAACGUACAUUGAGAUCGAGCACGUGGUAUCUCAUGGCUUGCUUCACCGGGGAGGGCAGAUGCACGGGGCACUCCCCAUCACCUCUGGAGAGCGCUGGAACCUCAUCGUGUGGAUGAGAUCGUCUGCCAUCCGCAACCAGCUCUGUCCUAUGUGCAACAAGAAACCGCAGCUGGUGGAAGCCGAGGGGUUUGGAGACGGGUUUACGAGAAGCCCAGAAGGGGACGAGCCUGAGACAGUGGAUUUAUGCUCUGUGUUGUAGCAGAGGACAAGGACUGAACUGGCCAGACUACACCAGCCAAAGUGAGCUCCUGCCCAAUCUAACCACAGUGACCACCCCAGCACGGAACAGGGAGUCAGACUUUACCAGCACAAGUGCAGUAGUUGGCCCUUGGCAAUGGUUAGCCCCGUUACCCAGUACUGACAUCUCAGAGCCACCUGUGUGUAUGUACACUCAAGUCGUCCUCCGCUGAGUACAUCAGGCUUGUUCAAGCUGCCCCAAAAGGCUGAGCCUUAAAAGCCAAACACAGACCCCAGUGUUGCUCUACAAGUGCAAGUGUUUCACUCAUUGCUGCUUCACAUCCCCCCCAGAGAGUACUGAGCAGCCCCCUUCGGAGAUACUGCUGUUUCCAAACAAACAGGAACCAGCUGCAAAGGCGAAAGGGUUGGGUGCUGCUCACAGCUCUCUAGUAGAAGGCGAGCCCAGGCAGAAGUGACGCCUUCCAUGGGGCAUAGGGAUCUCCCUCUGAGCUGAGCACUGCUAUAAAUGUCACCAAGAGAAGAGCAAAUGUGGUAUUGCUGACUUGGGCACUGCAGCCGUCUGAAUUCCUGAAUUUGGCACUGGGGGCCCACUGCAAAUAGCGCAGAGACAGAUGAUCGCAUGUCCCUGCUGGCUCUGGACCCAUCAGUUCAGGACAUUAAUUCCAAGCUGCAGAUCACAUACGCCAAAAGCUGAUAUUCAAGAUGCCAGAUCCCUUUGCCUUCAGUUGUCUCACUUGACUCCACAGAAAACGAACUGUGUCCCAAAUACACAAAUACGCCAUUGUCAUUAUUAUGGGCUUCUUCGCUUCAUUUACUUUGGCUCCCAUGGUACCCUGUAUGAUCGCUCUCAUUUGCAUAAGUAAUGAUGAUGAAGCAUCA